UGUUCUCYAAGCGGUUUCCCCAGCCAGCGCCCCGACGGAGGGGUGUGGCGCCGAGCGUCCGGAAGCGUCUCGUCCCCACGUCGCUUCGCGGUCGUUCUCCGUGUUAAUUCCUUUCGGAUCGCCGGCCAAGACGGUGCGGACCAGUGGGGCAUUGGGUGUUUUACUUCAUAGACCUUCCGUGUCCUUCCUCAGGUCACGUAAAUUUCUGCGCAUCCCACAACGUCUUCGGAGCUAGUUUGAGCCUCGUGUUUCAGCCAUGUCUGACAAAAGUGAACUGAAGGCGGAGUUGGAGCGCAAGAAACAGCGAUUAGCUCAAAUCAGAGAGGAGAAGAAAAGAAAGGAGGAAGAAAGAAAGAAAAAAGAAACUGACCAGAAGAAAGAUGUUCUUCCAGUACAAGAAGAAUCUGAUCUUGAAAAGAAGAGAAGAGAAGCUGAAGCAUUACUUCAGAGCAUGGGGCUGACACCUGAGUCUCCUGUUGUCCCUCCUCCUACCUCUCCGUCUUCCAAAUCUGUGAGUACGCCAAGCGAGGCUGGGAGCCAGGACUCCGGGGAUGGUGCUGUUGGAUCUCGGACGCUGCAUUGGGAUACUGAUCCAUCAGUUCUUCAGCUCCACUCUGAUUCCGAUCUGGGACGUGGACCUGUUAAACUUGGAAUGGCCAAAAUUACACAAGUUGACUUUCCUCCUCGAGAAAUUGUUACAUACACAAAGGAGACUCAAACACCUGUUAUGACUCAGCCCAAGGAAGAUGAGGAAGAGGAAGAUGAUGUGGUUGCACCAAAGCCAUUAGUUGAACCUGAGGAAGAAAAAACACUGAAAAAAGAGGAGGAGGAAGAAGCUGCCCCUCAUGAACUCACAGAAGAGGAAAAGCAACAAAUUUUGCAUUCUGAAGAAUUUUUAAGUUUUUUUGACCACUCCACAAGGAUUGUUGAAAGAGCCCUUUCUGAGCAAAUAAACAUUUUCUUUGACUACAGUGGAAGAGACUUGGAGGACAAAGAAGGAGAGAUUCAAGCAGGAGCAAAACUGUCCUUAAACAGGCAGUUUUUUGAUGAACGUUGGUCAAAGCAUCGUGUUGUCAGUUGUCUGGACUGGUCAUCUCAGUAUCCAGAAUUACUUGUUGCCUCUUACAACAACAAUGAGGAUGCACCUCAUGAGCCUGAUGGGGUGGCCCUUGUGUGGAAUAUGAAGUACAAGAAAACUACCCCAGAGUAUGUCUUUCAUUGUCAGUCAGCAGUGAUGUCAGCUACAUUUGCAAAAUUUCAUCCCAAUUUGGUGGUUGGUGGCACAUACUCAGGCCAGAUAGUGCUGUGGGAUAAUCGCAGCAAUAAGAGAACACCAGUGCAGAGAACUCCACUUUCAGCUGCUGCUCACACGCACCCAGUGUACUGUGUAAAUGUUGUUGGGACCCAGAAUGCUCAUAAUUUGAUUAGUAUCUCAACUGAUGGGAAAAUAUGCUCUUGGAGUCUGGAUAUGCUUUCCCAACCACAGGAUAGCAUGGAGCUGGUUCACAAACAGUCCAAGGCUGUGGCUGUUACCUGCAUGUCUUUCCCUGUUGGAGAUGUCAACAACUUUGUUGUUGGCAGUGAAGAAGGCUCAGUGUACACUGCAUGCCGUCAUGGCAGCAAAGCUGGAAUCAGUGAGAUGUUUGAAGGACACCAGGGACCAAUCACGGGUAUCAACUGCCAUGCAGCAGUUGGACCUGUAGACUUCUCACAUCUUUUUGUCACCUCUUCUUUUGACUGGACAGUAAAGCUUUGGACAACGAAGAAUAACAAACCUCUCUACUCCUUUGAAGACAAUUCGGAUUAUGUUUAUGAUGUGAUGUGGUCUCCAACUCACCCUGCCUUGUUUGCCUGUGUGGAYGGGAUGGGCAGACUUGACCUGUGGAAUCUCAACAGUGAUACUGAGGUGCCCACUGCAAGCAUCACCGUGGAGGGCAAUCCUGCUCUGAACCGUGUGAGAUGGACACAUUCUGGGAGAGAGAUUGCUGUAGGUGAUUCAGAGGGACAAAUAGUUAUAUAUGACGUGGGAGAGCAAAUUGCCGUUCCUCGCGGUGACGAGUGGACUCGCUUUGGCCGAACGCUGGCUGAAAUCAACGCCAACAGAGCUGACGCAGAAGAGGAGGCUGCGACCCGCAUCCCAGCGUAGAGCCUUCCAAACAGGCUGCAGGGCUAGACUUGGGAAGGAUUGGAUGCAAAUCCUAAAGUGUCAGCUCAUGUGUCAGUUCUAUUCAUAGCUUAAGGGAGGAAUAUAUGGAUUCAACAAUGGACUUUCAAACGUAUUAAGAUCACUGAAAAUCAGAUCUUGCAUUGUUAUGUUUUAUAUAUAAAUUACAAGCACAUUCUUGGAUUUGUGUAACUUUUAAUACGGUUAACUUUGACUUUGCAAUCAUCUUCUUUUGCUGAGACACUAACCUGGUACAAAUUUGCUACUUGGCUUCUGUAAAGUCCAAUCUGAAACAGUAUCUUUCUGGAAAGUUAAAGUUCUGGUCCUAAAACUUUCUCUUUUACAGACUAACCUUCAUUAGGUAGUAAAUCUCUGGAGCAUUCAUUAAUUUGAACUCUUCAAAUUACCCAUGGAUAUGCAUGCAUAUGUUCCAAGUUUCAUUGUUUAUAUAUAGAUAAGACUCAGACUCUGGUAGUGGGUAAUACAUGUGAAUAAAAAUUUGUCUGUAGUUACAAACUUACUUGAUAAUCAGACCUGAAUUAAUGAAAUACAUAUUUAAUACCAAUUUCCUUUUGUUUGAAUUGGUGCAUUAAAAGGUGAGACUGAUUCAUAAAUAAAUAUUAUACAAGCACUUGUCAGCUGCCCUGACCUCUAAUCUGUGUCCCUGCAGUAGUUUAAAGUUUAUGGGAGCUGAUCCUUUUCUUUUAUUACACACAAUCACAGGGUUGUUUUCUGCCCCCAAUCACUAUUUACUACCCUGGCAAUUGGCCAAAAGCAAAAAAGUUCCUGUUAUCAGAUUUUUUUCUUUUCCAAAGGAUAAGGAACUAUAUUUUUACUUAAUUUCUAUAGCRUGGUGAUUUGUAUUCCAUUAACUACAGACUUGCUACUGAUUUUCUGUACUAAGUUAAAGAAAGAUUUUUAUUACUAUUAUUGAUUUUUAACAUUUAUAUUGAAACAAAACUUCUUAAUGGCUUGAAACAGAAUGGUUGGAAUUUCUGUUAAAGGUUACCUUUUUUCUUUCUUAGCACAUUAUAAAGUUUUCUAUCAUGACUGGUUGCAGGGGGGCUGUCGCUUGGUUUGGGUUUUUUUAAAAAAAUAAAUAUUGUGAGUUGCACUAA